GUGUCGGGCCAAAAAUUCCUCCCCAAUACGUUCCCUUUUUUUAUGUUCCUUUUCUUUUUAUUUCCACGCUGUUUAAUUUCUCCCGCGGCGCACUUUAUACAGCAGACCUUCCCAAUUUUCCUACGCGACGCUAACGUGCGCACUUCACUCCCUUCGACGAAUCCAUUAACGACGCCGCGGCAGAGCUCCGCCGCACGCAGAAUUUCUCGAUUGAGGUCUUAGAGUAGAGGGAGGCCAUUGGCAGGGGCGGAGAGGAGCUUACUCGUUGGCAGAAGCUUAUCGAGGAUUUGAAUUUUGCAAGUUUUAGAAUUGUGAAUGUUUGUGAUUGUCUGCGAUUUGAUGCGUGUUCGGAUUUCUAGGUGUGGUUUCAAUUUAUGAUGAUUGUAGCUGAAUUGCUCAAGGGCGGGGUGCAUGUGAAUCAUGAACUUUAAUUUUUUACCAAUAGAGAAGUGGAAGGUGAUGAUUGGUUACCCUGAUUUGGGCACUGAAGCUGGAUUAGGGUUAUGAAGGACUCCGUUUUCGUAAAAAGAUAUGGUUGACAAAAUGGAUGGGGAGGAGAAGAAGUCCGGCCUUCAGAUACGAUCGAAGUUUGUCAAGGCGAAUAUGGUUGAUUCUGAGGAUGAUGAGCCAAUUGGGUCACUUUUGAAGUUGAAGAGGCAGAGAAACCUUAAGAAGGUUAAGGGUGGCGGUGAAAGGGGCAAGAUGGUUGACGAUGAAGAAGAGAAUUUGGGGGGCCUGGAUGAUACUUUGGCUAGUUUGAGGAAGAAGUUGAAGGGUCCCAAGAAAGAUUAUGGGACUGGAACUAUGAGGGGAAGGAGUUUUGCUUUGGAUGGUGUACAGUCUGUGGAUCAGUCCUCUAAUGAGCAUGUGGACGACAGGGGUUUGGAUGGAAAAUCAGCGUCAAGGGUUUUAGAGAAAGAUCCUGUUAUGGGUGAUGAUGGAUCUGAUGUGACUAUCAAUAUAGAGGUAGAAAACAAGCUUAAUGGAAAGGGAAAGAGACCCAAGAUUUCAGGGUCUCUGGGAUUUGGGGAAGGUUCUAAUUGCCUUUUGGAUCAUCAUCCGGAAGAUUCAUUAUCAGCAUUUUCCCGGAAGUCACAAUCUGGUUUGAUUAUGAAUUCUCGUGCCUCUUCAAUUCCCAAAGAGAAGAGUGGUUCUAAGGUUUUGGAGGAUGGGUUGAACACCAUGCCUUUGGCUGGUUCAAAUCAAUUGGAUUCAGCCUCUGAUCAGUGUAAGGAAGAUGAAAGUCAAAGUUUUGAUGACAGAGCCUCUAACCGUCACAGGGAAAAUCAAGAGACAUUCAAUGAUAAAAAGCAUAAAAGGCCCUACAAAGUCGUUUCAGAAGAUCGAGUUCCUCUCUACUCACAUUCAGGAUUUGAUUCCAAAUUGAUUAAAAAUGAAGCCAUAGUGGAUCCUUCUGGUUCAAAUUUUCAAGAGGGACCAUGCAGCUCAGAUGAAGUUAAUGAUGGAGACAAAAAACAUUUGACACAGCAAAUGCAAACUUUUGAGGAUGGAUUGAAGAACUGCUCUAUGGGAGGUAAUUGUAAUGGUCUAAUUUCUUACACUAAGAAUCUUGGCCUUGCUUCUGGUCCUUUGCGGGAUGAAAAUGAUGUUCCAAAUCAUGAUCAUCUUAUCACUAGUGAAGAGGCUGAUGAAAAUGAGAGUUUCCCAGAAGACACAGUAUCUCUACCAGAUGUUGAAAACAAAAACACUAAGCUAUCAGCUGUCCAGCGUGUGGGGCGCAUUGUUAGAAAGCGUAGGCAUGGAGACAUGGCUUAUGAGGGGGAUGCUGAUUGGGAGGUAUUGAUAAAUGAUCAAAGUUUGAACAGUGACAAUUUGAGAGUGAAGUUUGAUUCCUCUUCAAGUAUCGGUACAGAGUCUGAAAGUGGUGAGGCUGCAGCAGUGUCUGCUGGUCUUAAAGCUCAUGCAGUUGGUCCUGUUGAGAAGAUCAAAUUCAAGGAGAUCUUGAAGCGCAGAGGUGGGGUUCAGGACUAUUUGGAAUGCAGGAAUCAGAUCCUUGCUCUGUGGAAUAAAGAUGUUAGUCGAAUUUUGCCUCUCGCUGACUGUGGGGUAACAUAUACUGCUUGUGCGGAUGAACCACCUCGUGCUUCCCUAAUUAGGGAUAUUUAUACAUUCCUCGAUCUCAGUGGCUAUAUAAAUAUUGGAAUUGCUCGUGAGAAGGAUAAAGCAGAAUCUGGUCCCAAGCAUGACUAAAUUCUGAGAGAAAAAAAUUUUGAGGAAAUUUUUGGGGUUUCAGUUGCUGAUUCAGAGGAUGGAGUUUCCUUUAUCACAGGCCAGGUUAAGAGUUCUAGAACUAAAACUGAUGCGAAGAGUGGUGUCAUAAUUAAAAGCGACAACUCGACUCAUGAAGUCACAAAAGACAACGGGCUUGUAACCACAGCGGCGUUGGAAUUGUCCAAUACAAAAAACCAUGCUGAGUGUGAGGCUGAUCAUCCGGAAAACACCAGUGUUGAUGCAAGGUUACAAAGUAAAUUGGACAAUAUGGAUGUUUCAAGUAGUGAUCCAAUUAGUGAGACAUUGGGUGAUGGAGGCAUCCCUCUUGAAACUCCAGAGUUAAAGAAUGUAUCACACAGUACUCAGUGUGCAUCACAAGAUCAUGCAGUGAGGAAUAAUAAUCCGCAAUGCGGUCUGGAAGUGAAAAAGAAAAUCAUUGUCAUAGGUGCUGGUCCUGCUGGAUUAACUGCUGCACGCCACUUGCAACGUCAGGGCUUUUCAGUCACUAUAUUGGAAGCUAGGAGUAGGAUAGGGGGCCGUGUUUAUACAGACAGGUCAUCUCUAUCAGUUCCUGUGGAUCUUGGUGCUAGCAUUAUAACUGGUGUUGAGGCUGAUUGGGCGACUGAAAGACGACCAGACCCCUCCUCUUUGGUUUGUGCACAGCUGGGCCUUGAGUUGACUGUCUUAAACAGUGAUUGCCCUCUUUAUGACAUUGCAACAGGGAAGGUUCCUGCAGAUCUGGAUGAAGCAUUGGAAGCAGAGUUCAACAGCCUUCUUGAUGACAUGGUAUUGCUUGUUGCACAGGAGGGAGAACAGACAAGAAUGUCUCUCGAGAAAGGUUUGGAACAUGCCCUCAAGAGGCGUCGUAUGGCAAAAACAUCAACUAGUGUUGAAGAAAAAGAACUGCAUGAUUUAAUGGAUGGUUUCAUUGAUGCCAAAAAAAAUAUUGAUAGAGAAGAAAAGUUGUCAAAAGCUAGAGCUUUGAGCCCUCUUGAGAGGAGGGUCAUGGAUUGGCAUUUUGCCAAUUUGGAAUAUGGUUGUGCUGCUCCGCUGAAGGAGGUCUCUCUCCCCAACUGGAACCAGGAUGAUGUUUAUGGUGGCUUUGGAGGAGCUCACUGCAUGAUUAAAGGGGGUUACAGCACUGUUGUCGAGUCUCUUGGAGAAGGACUUCACAUUCACUUGAAUCAUGUAGUCACUGAUAUUUCAUAUGUCACCAAAGACGCUGGAUUGAACACUAACCGGUGUAACAAAGUCAAGGUUUCCACAUCUAAUGGCAGCGAUUUUUCAGGAGAUGCGAUUUUGAUUACAGUGCCUCUUGGGUGCUUAAAAGCAGAAACCAUCAAAUUUUCCCCACCAUUGCCCCACUGGAAACAUUCUUCCAUUCUGCGGCUUGGGUUUGGAGUUCUUAAUAAAGUAGUUUUGGAAUUUCCAGAUGUCUUUUGGGAUGAUUCUGUGGAUUACUUUGGAGCAACUGCUGAGGAAACAGAACUGAGGGGCCAGUGCUUUAUGUUCUGGAAUGUCAAGAAAACCGUCGGGGCUCCUGUUCUCAUAGCCUUAGUGGUUGGUAAGGCAGCUAUAGAUGGGCAAAAUAUGAGCUCUUCUGAACAUGUUAACCAUGCGAUAGUGGUUCUUCGUAAAUUGUUUGGAGAGGCUUCAGUACCUGAUCCUGUUGCAUCAGUUGUGACAGAUUGGGGUAAGGAUCCUUUCAGCUACGGUGCCUACUCAUAUGUUGCUGUUGGAGCUUCGGGGGAAGAUUAUGAUAUACUAGGGAGACCUGUUGAGAACUGCCUAUUUUUUGCUGGUGAAGCUACCUGCAAGGAGCAUCCUGACACUGUUGGUGGUGCGAUGAUGAGUGGCCUCCGGGAGGCAGUGCGUAUAAUUGACAUACUGACUACUGGAAAUGAUUAUACAGCAGAAGCAGACGCCAUUGCAGGUAUUCAGAGACAAUCAGAUUCUGAAAGGGCUGAAGUUAGAGACAUAACAAGGAGACUUGAUGCAGUUGAACUUUCAGAUGUCCUUUACAUGAACAAGGAGGCCCUACUCCAGGACAUGUUCUUUAAUGCAAAGACUACCAAAGGAAGGUUGCAUCUGGCCAAAGAGUUAUUGAGUCUUCCUGUUGAAACCUUGAAGUCCUUUGCUGGCACCAAAGAAGGGCUGACUACUCUCAACUCGUGGAUACUGGACUCGAUGGGGAAGGCUGGGACUCAACUCUUGCGGCAUUGUGUUCGGCUUCUUGUGCUUGUUUCAACGGACCUACUGGCUGUGCGCUUGUCUGGCAUUGGGAAAACUGUACGAGAAAAAGUUUGUGUACAUACAAGCCGUGAUAUACGUGCCAUAGCAAGUCAGCUGGUUAAUGUGUGGCUUGAAGUUUUCCGCAAGGAAAAAGCUUCCAAUGGUGCGUUGAAGUUGUCAAGGCAAGCAACUGCUGCAGAUGCAUUGAGGAGAAAACCAAUUAAAGAUCCAUCUUCUGGUAAGCCGCCUCUACACACAUUUCAUGGUGAUUUAGAGCACAAAGGAAGCUUACAGGAUUCAGCAUCGACCGCAAGCCAUUUGCCUUUGAAUGCAAAUGGUAAGAAAGUGAAUGGCAAACCCAUUAAGGGUGAAACAGCAAAUUCCUCAAAAUCAGAGAUUAAUUCAUCAAGGUUUCGAGGUUCAACUGGUAGACCACAUUCUGAGCUAAAGGAGAAUGACGUUGCUGUGACAGAAGCAGAACAAGCUGCCAUUGCUGCUGCUGAAGCAGCCCGUGCAGCAGCACUUGCAGCUGCCGAGGCAUAUGCAUCUUCAGAAGCCAAGAGUGGUACUCUGCUUCAGCUUCCCAAGAUUCCCUCAUUUCAUAAGUUUGCUCGACGGGAGCAGUACCCUCAAAUGGAUGAGUAUGAUUUUAGGAGGAAGUGGUCAGGUGGUGAUUUGGGUAGACAAGAUUGUAUAUCAGAAAUAGACUCAAGAAACUGCAAAGUUAGGGACUGGUCUGUUGAUUUCUCUGCCACUUGCGUCAAUAUUGAUAGUUCAAGAAUGUCAGUCGAUAACCUCUCCCAGCGGAGCAAUCCAAAUGAGACUGGUAGUCAAACAAAUAUCCGAGAGCACUCAGGAGAGAGUGCUGCUGUCGACAGCAGUAUUUAUACAAGAGCAUGGGUCGAUACAGCUGGUAGUGCCGGGAUAAAGGAUUAUCAUGCCAUUGAGAUGUGGCAAUCUCAAGCAGCUGCAGUAGACCCUGAUUUCUUCCAUCCAGAACCGUAUAUACAUGAUGAGGAAGGUUCAAAUACAACUUCAAGAAAACACAGCUGGAAGCAUGAAGGACAUGUAAAUGAGGGCUCUGUUUCCCAAGUUACCGUGAACAAGGAGUCGUUAAAAAAUCAUCAUCGAGGAGCAGAUAAUAUUAAGCAGGCUGUUGUCGAUUAUGUGGCAUCAUUGCUUAUGCCCCUUUAUAAAGCUAAAAAGAUAGAUAGAGAGGGAUACAAGUCAAUCAUGAAGAAAAGUGCUACCAAAGUCAUGGAGCUCGCCACAGACUCAGAAAAAGCCAUGGCUGUUUAUGAGUUUCUUGAUUUCAAGCGCAGGAACAAGAUCCGUGCUUUUGUGGAUAAAUUGAUUGAGAGGCACAUGGCAGCAAAACCCACAGUGAAAUCUUGAUGGUCCCUUGGGUUAAUGGACCUGUGUUUGUGCAUGACUUCUGUACAGUACAUGCGUAAGUCUGUUGUUCCCGGAUGAAUUUACAGCAUAAGCUGGAAGUGGUGGCGCACAGAUAGAAUCAAAUUAGAUCUUAAUGAAACUGCCAACAAGCACUUUUGUGAUUUGGAAGGAGCAAUGGAAGAAAGGCAUGGGGUUUGUUGCCUGUCAAUCCGGGCAUCAUGGAAUGCAAUUAUCGUUGGUCAAUGCAAUUAUCGUUGGUCAGUGCAACGGGGACAAACCAUUUUGGAUACAAAUCUAAGUUAACGAAUUUGCUCAAAGCAGGUUGCUGUGUCCAUUUCAGUUACGUGCAUCAACUUGGUAUGGAGAUGAUAGUAGAUUGCAUUUAGAAGUUGGCUUGUCGUCCAUCAAGGAUGUAUUUCUAGGGCUGAAAAAUUAAGACCCUAUUUUUCAUUCAGGGAUCCUCAACGAGGACAAACUAAUUCCUGACUUUUUUUUCUUUUAUCAUUUUUCCAAUGUGUACAGAGUAGGAUUGUGUUAGCUCAACAAGAAUACAGAACAUUUUUCCAUGCUGGCCAAAGUACUUUAAUAUGUUAUGGUUACGCUUUUGGUUUUACAGAAUCACUAACUUCACAUUUGCUCACAAUUAAAUUGAAUGAAGGAGUUGCAUAUUUCUCUA